AUGGGGAAGAUAGUGUUCUUUGAGGAUAAAAACUUUGAGGGACGGAGCUAUGAAUGUAGCAGCGACUGCCCUGACCUGCGCUCCUUCAUCAACACUUGUGGUUCUGUAAAAGUGGAGAGUGGCUGCUGGGUCCUGUACGAGCGCUGCGACUAUGGAGGGUUCCAAUACGUCCUGAGUCCCGGAGAGUACCCUGAGCACCAGCAGUGGAUGGGGUUCAAUGACACUAUUAACUCUUGCCGUUCCAUAAAUAAUGACUUUGACGGCCAGACGGCAGAGUGUGACGAGGACUGCCCUUCAGUGUUUGAAGCUUUUAAGUUCCGGGAGUUCCACUCCUGUGUGGUCACAGAUGGUGCUUGGGUCCUCUUUGAGAAACCAGACUACCACGGGCAGCAGUACUUCCUGGAUCAAGGAGAGUAUCACAGCUACACAGCCUGGGGGGCAGGGACCCCCACGGCAGGAUCCCUGCGCAUGGUGACAGAGUUUUAG